AUGUCAAAGAUAAAGUCGAAUAUAAAGACUCAUGAAGUUAUAGGAUCUUCAUCAACACAAAAAUCCCUAGAAUUACAGCCAGAAUCAUCUCGAGAUUUUACAAAACCAUCAUUUUUCACAUAUUUAGCUAAAUUCUCCCAAAAACUUGAUUCACUUGGUGUUGAAACUAGAGGUAUUGAACGUAUUCCACCUUAUGAAAGAUCAACUAAUCGUACUAAGCAAUUAAUUAGUGUUAUUGGAUUAUGGUUAUCUGCAUGUGGUGGUCUUUCUUCAAUGUCUUCAUUUUAUCUUGGCCCUUUAUUAUUUGAAUUGGGAUUACGUAAUACGUUGAUAUCUGGAUUAAUUGGUGAAUUAUUAGGAUGUGCUAUUGCUGCUUAUUGUUCACUUAUGGGACCAAGAUCGGGAUGUAGACAAAUGGUAGGAGCAAGAUUUUUAUUUGGUUGGUGGUUUGUUAAAUUAGUGGCACUUGUUGGAAUUAUUGGUGUUAUGGGUUGGUCAAUUGUUAAUUGUGUUGUUGGUGGACAAAUUUUAACUAGUGUUAGUGAUAAUAAAAUUCCUCUUUGGGCUGGUAUUGUUAUUAUUGCAGGUAUUUCUUUGAUUGUUGCUAUUGGUGGAAUCAAACAAUUAUUAAGAGUAGAAACUUUAUUGAGUUUACCGGUAAAUGGGGCAUUUUUAUUAUUAUAUGUUUGUGCUAGUCAAAAAUUUGAAUAUUUAACGUUAGAUGAUGCUAUUUCUGAUGGUCCUACUAUAAAAGGUAAUUGGUUGAGUUUCUUUUCAUUAUGUUAUUCAGUGACUUCCACUUGGGGUACUAUUGCUUCUGAUUAUUAUAUUUUAUUUCCAGAAAACACUCCUGAUUGGGAAGUAUUCACCAUUACAUUUUUCGGUAUUGCCAUUCCAACUACAUUUGUUGGUGUUGCUGGUUUAUUAAUUGGUAAUGUCGCUUUAACAUAUGAACCAUGGGGUGAAGCAUAUGCCAAAUUAGGGAUGGGUGGAUUAUUACAUGAAGCAUUUAGACCAUGGGGCGGUGGUGGUAAGUUCCUUUUGAUGGUUAUUUUCUUAUCUUUGAUUUCAAACAACAUUAUCAAUACUUAUUCAGCUGCUUUUGGUGUACAAUUGGCAGGUAGAGGUUUAGCUAAGAUUCCAAGAUGGUUGUGGGCAAUUGUCUUGACGGCGAUUUAUUUGAUUUGUGCCUUGGUUGGUAGAAAUGAAUUCUCCACUAUUUUGGGAAAUUUCUUACCGAUGAUUGGAUACUGGAUUUCCAUGUAUUUCAUUAUGUUACUUGAAGAGAAUUCUAUUUUCAGAACAGAUAAAUUCAAAUAUUUGUUUGUUAAAGAAUUUGAUGAUUCUGAUUCAUCAACCAAUGAAGAUGCAAAAAUUAUAGGUACAGCAUUACGUAAAAACCAACAUUAUAAUUUCAAGAUUUGGAAUGAUAUUGAUAGAUUAACUCGUGGAUAUGCUGCGACAGCAUCUUUCUUGAUUGGAGCCACCGGUGCUGCUGUUGGUAUGUCACAGACAUAUUGGAUUGGCCCUGUUGCUCGUAGAAUUGGAGGCGAAUAUGGUGGUGAUAUUGCCAUGUGGUUAUGUAUGGGUUUCAGUGGAUUAGUCUACCCUCCUUUACGUUACUUGGAGUUGAAAAAGUUCGGUCGAUAG